CCUCCAAGACCGUGCUGCUGCUGCUCAGCCUCGCCUUCUGGGCGGCAGCAGCAGGCCUCAGCUAUGUCGGGGCGUACGUCAUCAACACCUACAAGAGCUACGACAACUUUCUGCAGGACAAGUACGCCGUGCUGCCGGCCGUGAUCAUCAUCUGCGUGGCCGUGGUGAUGUUCAUCAUCGGGCUGAUCGGCUGCUGCGCCACCUUCCGCGAGUCCCGGGUCGGCCUGGGGCUGUUCUUGGCCAUUAUCCUGGUUAUCUUCAUUGCAGAAGUCUCCGCUUUUGUCUUGGGAUUUGUUUACAGAGAAAAGGUAAAAACUGAUGUGCAAGGUACAAUGCGCUCCGUCUUUGAGAAGUAUGAUGGCCAAAACCCAGAGUCUAGGGUUGUGGAUUACUUGCAAGAACAGCUUCACUGCUGCGGGGUUAAGAACUACAGCGACUGGACCACCACCCAGUGGUUUAAUUCCACUGGGAACAACAGUGUUCCUCAGAGCUGCUGCCAGCAAGAGGCCAAGAACUGCACCGGGCACCUGGAUCAGCUGCAGGAACUCAACACACGGGGCUGUGCACAGGAACUGGAGUCUGGGCUGCAGAGCGUUAUCAGCUAUGCCAUGCUUGUAAUCCUGGGGUUUGCCAUCGUAAAGUUCUUCGGCAUGCUGAGCGUCUGUGUGCUUACUUGCAAGAAAGAAGAAAGUGGAUAUCAGCCUCUUUACUCAGGGGUGUUUGCCUAGUAAACCGAGAACAACCUUGCUUCCUGAUGAUGAAACUGACUUGUGAUCACACCACAGCUUUCUGAAACGUUAUGCGAAGUUUGGACCUGUGACUACUGGUAGCACCGGGUGGUGUAGUAGGCUCCAGAAAGAAACUUUCUUCUGACCUUCUUUCCUCUGCCCCAAAAACAUGCAGCAGAAACUUUAUCUUUUAAUCAACAAAAGGGUGGAGACCUCAGGAGGGGUUUCAGUUGCCUGCAUAAACCUCAGAUCACUCCCAUGAUGUGGCUUGAACAACAAAAGAAACUUCUGAAUGCCAGGUUUAAAUACUCUUCACAGGCAUGGGGAUCAGUAGUAUGUUUUUUUCUGUGUCUGAUUGUGCAGUUUCAGAUUUUUUCCCCUUUCUUAUGUCACAUGUUAUAAUUCUGUUUACUGGAGAGGUUGUUAGUGCAAGACAACCCCGCGCUUAAAGUCUAGAACAAGCAUUUGUGUGGUUGUUUGGAGCAGCUAGCAAAGAUGAAAAAACCCAGGUUUUGAGCUUUUGGGCUCAGAACUGUCUCUCUUUGGUUUGUUUUCAAUCUCUUAAUUAUUGACAUUAAAAAUUCCUUAUGAAGCAGGGCUUUUGAACAUUUUCUUCCUCCUUUUUCUAUGGUUUGCCUGGGGGAAUUAGUGCCACACUUCCGCCCUGACCAUGCUUUUCUGCUAAAAUACUAAAAAAAUAAAUUCUUGUACUAAGCAAUUUCAAUAAUAUGCUGUAGCGCUGCUUUUGUACAUUUCUGUUCUCCUUAGUUCUGCUGGACACAGAUUGGAUUGUAUCCCUGCUUUAACACAGUCCUUCUUUAACUCGUUUGUAUGUUAAUCUGUUUAUAAGCUUUUCAGAAUUUUGGGGAUAGAGAACAGAGGGAACUGUGAGCCUUUAUGUAUCAGGGAAUUGUGGAAAAGCAAGACAUUCUGUUGAUUCCUUCCUUGGAGAGAUAAGCAACCUGUCCUCAGUAAAAUAAACCUUUAUAUUUAUGGUUAAAAAGAAAAAAAAAUAGCUUGAGAUCAGUGUAAACUGUUUAACUAUCUCCAUCCCUACCCCAAGAGAAAAAAAAAAAAAGCAGCAAUGGGUGACAAUGUCCUAUAGAAGACACACCAGCAUGAGCAUAUGUAUGUAGAAAACUGAUUUUUUAUUGAGGGUUUUGUCUUCUGUUAAAUGCUGAAAUAAACUGAAUUUAUUCAACCAAGUAAUAAAUAGUGAGACGGUUGUUGGUCAAUGCUAUCACAAUUCUCCGGAGGAGUAAAGUCCUCAGGGGCGGAACCAGAGCGGGAGGCUGAGGGCGCUGCCUCAGAGAGGUCCCGGACGGCUCCCUCGGCAACUCCGCGUUCCGCCCUUCUUUCCCCCCACCCUCAGCGGUCCUGCCUUCAGCGAUCCCGGCUCCUUCUCACCGGGCUCCGCUCAGCAAUCCCGCCUUUCGUUCCCGCCUCCCUUCAGCGACCCGGUUUCUCUUACCGCCCCUCUCAGGGAUCCCGCUUUCCCUUCCCGCCCGGUUCCCUGACCGAUCCCCUCAGCAAUCCCGCCUUUCCUUCCCGUUUUCCUCAGCAAUCCCGCCUUUCUUCCCAUUUCCCUCAGCAAUCCCGCUUUUCGCCUUUCCUUCCCGUCCCUCUCAGCAAUCCCGCCUUCUUUGCCGCUCCCCUCAGCGAUCCCGCCUCCCUUCGCGUUCGGCUGUCCUCAGCGACCCGGUCUCCCUUACUGCCUCCCUUAGCGAUCCCUCUUUCCCUUCUCGUUCCCCUUAGCAAUUCCGCCCUUCCUUCCCAUUCCCCUUAGCAAUUCCGCCUUCCUUCCGUUCCCCUCGGAAAUCCCGGCUCCACUCAGCAAUCCUGCCUUCCGCCCUUCGUUGCCGCUCUCCUCGGUGAUCCCGCCUCUCUUCCCCCCUCCUGGCCUUCCUGCCCUCCUUC